CCGCUGUUGCGACCUCCCGCCCCCGUUCAGUAUCUUCAGCUCAAGAAGAAGUUAGAAGAUGAGUUUCCUGGACGCCUGGACAUCAGUGGCGAGGGGACUCCCCACGUUACCGGGUUCUUCGAAGUGAUGGUGGCAGGGAAGUUGGUCCAUUCCAAGAAGAGAGGCGAUGGCUACGUGGACACGGAAAGCAAGUUUCUGAAGCUGGUGGCCGCCAUCAAAGCCGCCUUAGCUCAGGGCUGAGGUGCCCCGAAGGCAGAGUCCAGCGGCCUCGGCCCAGCCCCUCUCAGCAGAUGCUUCAUGACGGGACGGACUGAAACGUCUUGUGGAUGCCGGUCUCUCCCCGAUGUUUCUGCAGCCGCCGGGCGGGGCAGAGGUUGCGGCCCGGUCUUUGCCUGUGUGAGUGAGUGUGUGUGUCUCCCCGGAAUCUACCUUUGCCCACUGCUCCUGUUCCCCUUCACCACCUCCCUGCACGCCCCCAUGUCUCCCCAUCUCCCCUCUGCCGUUUGGGUGGUCCUGCUCCAGGCUCCCUUCUCAGGGGGGGAGCCAGGACAGGGGUCCGGGUGAGUGAGUCUCAGAUUUCAGCCAUAUUUGCAACGGUUCACGAUUCAAUAAACAUUGGAUGAGUUUAACCAAA